AAGCUUCUUCCUCCCCUCCGGUGAGCUUCUUCCUCCUCUUCGCCUGUCUCUCCCUUCACCAAAAUCGACUGAGCCGAAUUCAGAAGUCAGGCGACUGACAUGUAGCUAUUGUGUAAAUAUAUAUACCUCGUGCACAUCAGAGAUCAUUUUUACUGUUAAAGUAAAUGUAUAGAAGCGGAAAUAUCAUCUAUUGAUAAAAAACUAAAUUGGACAAGACCGGAUGCUAUAUCUGACUUGACCAAAAGGGCUAAAAAAACCAACUAAAAAAAGAGAAGGUAAAAGAAAAAGACACAUCGGACGCCCCCCUCUCAGUUCUCCUCGCCUCGUCACCUACCUUCCCUUAUCCCUUCAUUGUCUCCCCACUGCUCCCUAUUCCAUGGUGGCCACAAGCCCACAACUCUCUCUCUCUCCUCAAGCCGCCCCUCCUCUUCGUCCCCACCGCCGGCGCGAGGUCUCGCACUCUUCCCACUCUUCUCAGCCCCUCCUCCUCGAAUCGGUCGCCAAAGUGCCCGAGGAUCCGCUCAAGCUCGGUCUGGUUGCUGGGCGCCGGACGAAGGCUGACGCGGAGGCGCGGGAAUUGCCUCCACCAGAUCGGCGGCUGUGGCAAUCAUGUGUCGCAACCUCCGCGCCUGGUGCCUUCCUUUCCAUCUCGCUCGUCGGCGGCUCCCACCACCCUGUGCGUGCGACUGCGCUGCGCCCUGUAAUGCCCAUGUGCGGCAGCUGUGCCUCGGUGGAUGGUCCCUGCAAGUGCAAGCCGGUGCCGGCUUACAAGAAAUGGAUAUUGAAGACCAUCUAAGAGUCAGGGAAUUUGUUUGAUCCUAAAUUUUUGGGACUCUGAAAUAAACACAAAGAUGGGAAUGGGGAGGCAUACAUGCCUGCCAUAUACAUCAACCCGAAGCUUUUGAGCAUUGUACAGAACAAGUAAUUGACAGGUUUACUUCAUGAUAGUCUUGGAUUUGGUUUGGCCAAAAUGAUCAAGUACUUACUACAUAAUUUCUGAAUUUACCAAUUAUUUUUUGAAUGCAUCAGUUAGACAACGGUGAUACAUCAGAGCGUCUCUUCAAUAGAAACGACUUAAUUUUGGAGGAGGACUACCCUGUUCCCAAAUCCUAGCUCCGCCGUUGAUGAUACCUGAAUUUACUUUAGUAGAUCUUCUCUUGUAAAAUCCAAAAUGUUUCCGAGCCUAUAUGUUUUGUUUCAUAUUGUUGUUUAUCAUGCAAUACUUAUCCUGCAGCCAUCUCAUAUGCAAAUUUGAUAAGAGAAGAUGACCAAAUUUGUGUACAGGAAAAUGCAUAUUCUUGGACUGGGUUUACUUCUCCACUCUAUUGGACCAAGUUACAAAUAGAUCAUACUUACUGGGUUUUAUUCAUUCAGUCAUACAGAUUCGAGCACUAUACUAUUAAAACAAUAUGAUGGAGGGCUCCAGUUUGAUGCACUGUUAAAAUUCAUGUUCAAGUCAUAGGAGGUAGAUCUAUUAUGGUUUGUACAAAAUUGAUACAUUCAUCAUCACACUAUUGUAAAUAUGCAAAUUUGAGUGAAGAGCAUUGUUAUAAAGAUGCAAAUUUGACAGGGAUUAGGGAAGCAAUGAAGUAUGCACAUAUAUGUUAAAUAGAAUUUCCUUUAAAAUCAGGAACUGAUCGCCCCUAUCACAUGAACCCAAUUGAAUAUCCUGUAAAAUUAUACCAUGUUCCUUUGGUGCAGGCAGGUGCGUUGCCUGAGGAGUUCGUCGGCGCUGAUGUCGGCGCCUGUGGAAGGCGGCGAUGGCCAACAGUGGCUGGGCGGCGAGGGCACAACAGUGGCUUGGCGGCACCGACGUCUGACUGUAGUGUGCAUCUAAACGGCGACAUCAAAGAAGACAUCGAGAUUAACUGGGAUGGAACUGGCCACGUAUUGCGCACAAGAGGAUAGUCUGCACCUGCAUUGGCGAGAAGCGCGUCGUCGCGGGCGUCGUCCGCUACGCAUGGCGGCGAUGGCGCAGGACAGGCUGGGCGGCUGCGACGUACGUCCGGGUGGGCAAAGGCUGGUAGAUCGAGCUGAUUCCCAUAAGUUUAGACAUUUAUUGUGAGGCAGACGUGUUAAUUCCCAUUAAUUGUGGCUAAUUUUCUGUAGUUGAUUGGACGGGAACGCAAAGGGUGGAACUGUUUUUUUUUGGGAGGUGCAACUGUUUGAUCGAUGGCAGAGUUUCGUCCGCUAAUGUAAAUCGCUAAACGUACAUAGGGGAGGUCUGACUUUUAUGUGGACGGUUAGAUGCCUGAUUCUGGAGAUGGUAAUUUGUCUUAUUUGGCCUGUGUACGUUUAACUGGGUGGGUAUAGUGAAGAAUAUGUUUGCUUGUUUAAUAGUAGUAAAGAUAGAGAAGAUAUGUAGCGCUCCAGCAGUACUAACGCCAAGAAUCAAUCGAUCAACCAGCAGCAGAAACGCAGGCGAAGAAAUUGCCCGAGCUAGAUAGUGUCUCUCUCGCCUGUACGAAACCAUGGCCGUGCUGCUCACCUCCUUUCCGCCGGCGUUUUCCUGCCCCGCAUCCUCGAGCAAGAGGCCAGUUAUCACCGCCUCGUCCUUCAUCUUGCCGGUCGGUUGUGAGCACAACUUACCGGCCCUGAAGACGGCUGCUGCCCGCCCGCGCCUUGCGCUCGCCCGGGCUCAGAACGGCGACGCGCGGCUGCGGGCCAGACAGCGGCCGCUCGCCGACGACCACUUCCACGACGAGAUGGAGCGGAUCACGCAGCACUACCUCGACAUCAUCUCCAGUGACAGCGGCUUCCUCUAUGCCGAGGCUACGGCUAUGUCGGCGCGGGUCUGCCUGUCGGCUAACAAGGCCCUCAUCAUGGCGUCCCGCGUGGUGGACAGCGCGCGACUCAACCUCGGCACGCCCAGCGAGAUCUCCGCCGAGACCAUCCACGGGACCGUCCGCACGUACGCGGCCGUCUUCUCUGCCGCCGCUGACGACUCUUACAAGAAGUCGGUCAACAGGAACACGGUGGCCUCGUUCCUCGGCGCCCUGAGAGGUCUGGCCGCCGUGAGCCACAUCCUGCUCCAGGGCGCCCUCGAGUCCCUCUGCCAAGGGCACCCGAGGGUCGCCGUGUCCGAGUACGCUUUCAACUCCGACGUGGAGGACAUGUACCGCGAGUUCGUGCAGGGGAUGCGCGACGUGGAGGAUGAGAUACGGAGCGCUAGCGCAGUGAAGACGUGCAGGCUGGUGGUGCCGGCGAUCCUUGCCUGCACGGAGCUCGCGGGGUCAUUCGUAGGACUUAUGCUGGAUCGGCGUAGGAGGGCGUUGGAGAAGGCGCGUAGCUAAUAGGCGGCAGUACUCCCUCCCGUUUCAUAAUGCAGCGACUAUAGAUUUAUGUUUUUAAAGUCAAAUGUUACAAACUUUGACAAUAUUUAUAGAGAAAAAUAGAUACGUCUAGAAUACCAAAUGCACAUCGUUAGCAUGAGUUGUAUUUUUAUAAUGCACAUGUUUGAUAGUGUAGAUGUAGACAGUUUUCUCUAUAAACUUAAUUAAAGCUGACAAAGUUUGACUUUCAAAAACAUCUAUAUGCACCUCGAGAAUAAUUAAUAAAAUGGCCGCAUGCAUCUUCCAGAUGCAGAGGCCGGUGAUCAUCCUCAUUUUCCAAAAAAAAAUUGUGAAAUGAAGGGAGUAUUAUUUUUGUGAUAAAAGACUCUGAUGUAGCUGUAGGCUGUAGCUGUUCCAAGAGAAGAAAGAAAGUGUUGUUUUUAUUAAGCACCCUUUCGAAAUAGGUUCCUAAGAAUUAAAAUCAUUUCACUAUUCAUUGUUGGCUAGCAACAGAGUGACACUUGCAAUCUUAUUCAACUUGCAGAAGGUAACACCUGGUUUUUCUUUUCAUAUUUGCUGAAGAACAAAGACCAAAUUCAGAUGCAAUAUAAUUCCAUCCAAAGACAGUUUUUGCCUGGGUUUCGGCAAACUAAACAUGCAACUCUCUUCUACUUUUUUUAAUGAAACGGAGCCCUAAGAAACACGAUUUUAAAAAGGAAUAUCUUAACUUUGAGCAGAUUUGCACAGUCCUUCGUUGAUAUGUGAAGCAUCACAAUGCACGAGAGCAAGAUAAUGAGACUUCACAGGACGUAAAUAUUCCAUGCUACUACUAAUUUUGGCCCCACCUCACUGGAUGGGCGAAACACAUCAACGGAAUAUAUAAAAAAGAAAAACAACGGCUCUCUACCAUUAGUGACGACCUCGACAAGAUUGCAGAGACACGCACCUUAUCUCAACAAGAGAUUGAAUUAAAAAAUCAAUCUAAUGAGAAGGUCACCCGUCUUUUGCGAGAAGAGGAGAUCAAAUACUACCAGAGAUCCAAAGUUGAUCUUAUAUUGAUGGGUGAUAGUAAUACAAGAUACUUCCAAUUGA